AUGUCAGCGAAGUUAAACCCACUUGCUAAUCCCAAAGGACAGAAGAAAUUGUGUGAAAUUUGCCAAAAACCAGCUCACAUACAGUGUACAAGAUGUCGUGUUACAUUCUAUUGUAACACAGAGCAUCAGCAGGCAGACUGGGUCAGCAUCCAUGAGAAGGUGUGUCAGCUUCUGAUCCUCAUCCGUAAACCCGCGCCCUUUCAUGCAGUGCAGGCAGACAGAGAUAAGCAGCGCAAUGAGAUCCGCAGGAGACAGGAGGAGCUUAUUGAGAUCUCUCAAGCGGCAGCACGGAGGAGACUGUCUGAGGGCAGUCAUCAGGAGGCCCUGCCCGCUGCCCAAUUCUCCCUACGCUGUGCAAUGGACGUCUAUGGGUCCAGUGCCAUCCGGCUGGUACCUUCUUAUUUGCUGAUGGCUGAGGCCAGCAUGGGUCUAGGCAAGCUGGUCCAGGCAAAGGAGUACCUGUCUCUGGCAGAGUGGACCGUGGUACAGACUCCAAACUGCAGCAAUAACACGCUCCAUCAGCUUCACCGUAACAUGGGACGCCUCUACGCUGCCACCGGAGACCUGGAGGAAGCUCUGUGGCACCUCGCUGAAGAUGUGUUCUAUGCCACUGAGGGAUUUGGUCUGGAUAGUGUUGUCACCUGCCAGGGCUAUUUUCUAAUGGCAAAUGUCUUUUUACGGCAAAAUAAAGCAGACAUUGCUAAUUCCAUCUACUCUGAGGUGGCUAGAAAGUGGCAUAUACAUUUGACCAGACUUCUUGUCCAGAAGCACACCCAGGAACAUGUGCAGGCAGAGCAACUUUUAGAUGAGGGCCAGCGAGCAGAAGCUGAGCAGACACUGAGAACUCUGCUGGAGGCUCAGGAACAGAGCUCCAAACCACAGCUUGAGCAGUCUGCCAUCCUGGCCCACUGUCUGGCCAUGCUGUGGUACCUAUCUGACUGCUCUGAAAAGGCACUGGAGUUUGGCAGGAAGGCUAUGGAGCUAAGCCAACAGGUGUCAGAGCUCAAUCUCUCUGACCCCAUCAAGGCUCUCCUAGAGCGGGCAGAAGAAAGCCUGAUGGUAGUCAAGACCAACUGA